AUGGCUAAUCUCUUGGCGAUGGGACGUAAAAGGAAGAAAGAAGAAGAAACGAGUGGAGGAGCUGCGUGGGCGGCGCCGCUCGCGCAGGCCGUGGAGCCGGCGCCGGCGAAGGAGGACGAGUCGGUCUGCUCUAACGAGGAGUACGCGCUGCUGUGCCGGGAGGGCUUCUCUCGGGAGGACGUCGCCGCGGUGACCAUCCAGGCCUACUUCCGCGCCCACCUGGCGCGGCGGGCGUUCAAGGCGCUGAGGAGCCUGGUGAGGCUGCAGGCGGUGGCGCGGGGCGCGUACGUGCGGCGGCAGGCGGAGGUGGCGACGCUCGCCAAGCCCAAGGACAACGACGACAAGCUCCUGCUGCUGCAGAACUGA